AUGGCCAAACUCCUCCAUCCAAUCACCAUAUCGACAACCAUCACCCUCAAAAGAAGUGUCCUAUCCCCCAAAACAGAACUCAUCCAUCACUUGCCGUCAGAGGCGGAGCCACAUAUGGGCUUUGGUGGAUUGCAGCCCGGCGUGCCCUCCAUUCCAGCUCCAACUUUUGCAGACUUGCAGGCCCUCCAGCCAUCCAAGCUCCAGCCUCCAGCGGACCAGCUCAGCAGGCGACAGCUACAAGUCUUGGAAGUCGGAAGUUGGAAGCAAGGCUUGUUGACGACAUUGAGAGUGAAUCAUUUGAAUUUUGAAGGUUUUGGGGAUUUCAAUUUGAAUAAGUCACAAUGGAAAGUCAAGGAAGCAAGAGAUAAAAAACUUUGUUUUCAUUCUUUAAACCAAGAGAAAGUGCAUCAACCAGUGAAGGGCAUUCUCCAUCUAAUGUUGAUAUCUCAAAUCACCAACCACCCCUUUCCAAAUCUCGAAGAGUUGAAAUUGAUCUUAGUACUCUUGAACGGGAUCCUGGGAUUCGGAUCCCUAUAUGGCAACAUCCCGUUAAUCAACGAGAUGAAAUUAGGAGAGCUUAUAUCAAAAUGGGUCCGUAUCAACCUAAGUUGGCAGAGUACCGAAGGACUAAAUCAGGGUCACAAAACCACUGCUUUUCACUUUGAGAGAAGAGGGAUUUGAUCAUCUCCUUGUGCAUGUGCAAUCAGUUUGCAGACAAAAUGACAUUGACAUACCAGAUAUGAAUGCUUCAUACAAAAGAGCUACAGGUCGUUCAGGCCAACAAAAAGACUC